AUCACGCUGUAUUUCCUGGCGACGUCUUCGUGCGGGAAAAGUUUUGUUGACAUCCGUGCUUUUGAUCUCCUCCCGCGAAGGUUUUGUGUGGGUUUUUCACAUGAAGUAAGGUUUUAAUUAAUGCAGGUAUCGCUGACCUCCAAAGAUCCUCUUCAACAGAGUUCAUGGAGUCAGAGGGGACUGAAUCCCCACCGUCGGGCUCGGGCCCAGCUGAAUCUUUUAGCUCUAUUCGGGAGCGCACCAUCGCAGAGAACAGCAUGGUGGUGCUGCUGCAGGGCCUGCAGGGGGAGGUGACCACGGUGGACCUGAAGAACGAGAGCACGGCGAGGGGCCGUGUGGUCAACGUGGACGCCUUCAUGAACAUACGUCUGGCGGAGGUGCUGUACCGCGACCGGCGGGGGCAGCUCACCCAGCUACAGGACCUGUUCAUCACCGGUAGGAAUGUCCGCUACGUUCACAUUCCAGACCACAUGGACAUAAUGAAGACUAUACAGGGCCAGCUGGCCAAGAUCCACCGGGUCCGCAACUUUGCCAGCGAAGGGGGCGGCAGGAAAGAGUAUGCCAGGAAGACAAAAUAACUUUUUGUUCUUUAGAAGGAUACAAAACUCUGUUGGGUUGAACUUAAAUGUUUAGACCAGUCCAAAAAUACUUGCUGAAUGUGUUGAGGUUACGGAGCGUUUAUCGGACAAGGCAAACGAUUUGAAGACAUCAUUAGGAAAUUGUAGUAGGAAUUUUUCUGUAUUCUGACAUUUUAUAGAACAAAUGAUAAAUUAAUCAGUCAGGAAAAUAAUAGUCAGAUUAAUUGAUAAUGAAAGUAAUCAUUACUUGCAGCCCUAAAGCCCUAAAGGUUUGGGAAUCCCAACACCUCCUAAAAUAAAUGUGAGAAGUCACAAGAUGAUUUAAAAAAAAAUCUGUUACACAAAUAUGUUAUUUUUCUGACUUCUUGCUCUUUUUUUUAUUUUGAAAUAUUGGAUACUUUCAUCUCUUCAAGCUGCUCACAACUCAUGUCAGAACUCGGUCAUAUUGUAUACGCGUGAUGAGGGGUCUCAAGUUGUUUCAUUUUAUGGGGUCACAAAGCUGAAAAAGUUGUGACUAUAACCCGACAGAUACUAGAUUUUUGAAGCCUAUAUCAAGUUUAAAAAUCAGAUAAUGCUAUAUCGACCGAUAAUCUUUUUUUUUUUUUUGGUCAUACAUAUUUUUUGCAACAUUUUUAAUGAGGACCCCUUAACAUUGUGACCAAGAUAUGCGCUCAGUGUGUCGUUUUACAGUUUAAACUUGUCUGCGCUCUCUGGUGAACAAACUCUAAUGGAGACGCUUUCUAAAUGACCUCAAACAUAUCUGUACUUACUUAUCAGCCGACAUAUAUUAUACUUAAAACUUAUUUAUCAGUCAGACUUUAGUUGUGAACCACUGGACCAGCUGAUGAGUUGAACACUGUCUUUGUGUUUUUUUGGUAAAUGGGUUUGUGAUCUGUAAUUGAUAUUAAAUAACAGCAGUGAACGGCCGUCUUCAUCCUCUUUUGAUGAAGUAAGAACAAUUUUUUGAAAUGCAUACAAUAAUUGUAAAUAAAGAUGCUUACAAGUAA